AUGGAAACUCGGAGUCGGAAGCGGGCGGAGGCUACCUCAUCGGCCCCUUCUUCUUCUUCUUCUGGUCCAACCACUCGUUCCUCCAAGCGUGCCCGUCUCUCCGUCACCGCUGCUGCAUCUUCAGUCCCCGCCGGAGUCACCACUAGCGUCGCCGUCAAUUCAUCGGUUUCGACUCGUUCUCGUGUCAGUACUCGUUCACAAGACUCACUAGCUGUUUCGUCAACUGCGAUGGAUUCCACCAACGAAUCGUCCGGGUCCGCUUCCCGUGGCCGACGCGGUAAGAACCCUAGUCAGAACUCUGAUAAGGAUAAUUCCGAUAAAGGAAAGGAAAAAGAGCAUGAAGUCAGGGUUAGGGAUAGAGAUAGAGACACCGAGAGGAGCUUGGGUUUGAAUAUUGACGGCGAUGGUGGCGACGACGAUGAUAACGAUAGCGAAGGCGGUGUUGGGCUUUUGCAUCAGAAUCUUACUUCAGCGAGCAGUGCUCUUCAAGGUCUGCUUAGAAAAUUGGGUGCUGGUUUGGAUGAUUUGCUUCCCAGUUCGGCAAUGCCGUCUGCGUCUUCAUCGCAUCAAAGCGGGCGGCUUAAGAAGAUUUUAUCGGGGUUGAGGGCGGAUGGCGAGGAAGGCAAGCAAGUGGAGGCAUUGACGCAGCUCUGCGAGAUGCUUUCGAUUGGGACUGAGGAGUCUUUGAGCACUUUUUCAGUGGACUCGUUUGUUCCGGUGCUUGUGGGGUUGCUUAACCAUGAGAGCAAUGUGGAUAUCAUGCUUCUUGCUGCCAGAGCACUGACCCAUCUCGUUGAUGUGCUUCCCUCAUCUUGUGCUGCGGUUGUGCAUUAUGGUGCGGUUUCAUGUUUCGUUGCUCGAUUGCUCACAAUUGAGUACAUGGACUUGGCUGAACAGUCUCUGCAAGCUCUGAAAAAGAUAUCUCAGGAACAUCCAACUGCCUGCUUGCGAGCAGGUGCUCUAAUGGCAGUGCUUUCGUACCUCGACUUCUUCUCCACCGGAGUCCAGAGAGUGGCAUUGUCUACUGCUGCAAAUAUGUGCAAGAAACUCCCAUCAGACGCCGCUGAUUUUGUGAUGGAAGCCGUUCCUUUGUUGACAAACCUCCUUCAGUAUCAUGAUGCAAAGGUUUUGGAGCAUGCGUCUGUUUGUUUGACUCGGAUUGCAGAGUCAUUUGCAUCAUCUCCAGAAAAGCUGGAUGAACUAUGCAAUCAUGGACUGGUUACACAAGCAGCUUCACUAAUUUCGACCAGUAGUUCUGGAGGUGGUCAGGCUUCCCUCAGCUCAGCUACUUACACGGGCUUAAUCCGAUUACUUUCUACAUGUGCAAGUGGUUCCCAUCUAGGAGCCAAAGCAUUGCUGCUCCUCGGGAUCAGUGGUAUUCUUAAAGACAUACUAUUUGGUUCUGGACUUGUUGCGAGCAUGUCUAUUUCACCUGCCUUAAGUAGACCGCCAGAGCAGAUAUUUGAGAUUGUGAACCUAGCAAACGAGCUCCUUCCUCCACUGCCUCAAGGAAUCAUCUCUCUUCCAGCCAGCUCUGGUUUAUUUUUCAAAGGAUCUAUUUCAAAGAAAUCUUCUGUCAGCAGUUCUGGUGAACCAGAAGAUUCAAAUGGAAAUGUACCCGAGGUUUCAACUCGAGAGAAACUAUUAAAUGAUCAGCCUGAGCUUCUGCAGCAGUUUGGAAUGGACCUUCUUCCUGUUUUAAUUCAGAUAUAUGGAUCAAGUGUAAAUGGUCCUGUUCGUCACAAAUGCCUCUCUGUCAUUGGAAAACUGAUGUACUUCAGCUCUGCGGAUAUGAUCCAGUCUUUAGUAACCAUGACAAACUUAUCAAGUUUCCUAGCUGGGGUUUUAGCAUGGAAAGAUCCGCAAGUCUUGGUGCCUGCCCUUCAAAUUGCAGAGAUUCUGAUGGACAAGCUUCCUGGUACUUUUUCCAAGAUGUUUGUGAGAGAAGGUGUCGUUCAUGCUGUAGAUGCACUCAUCCUAGCGAGGCUUCCUAGUACUGCUACUUCCCAACCAUCAUCGAGCGAGAAGGAUAAUGAUUCUAUACCUGGAUCAUCAUCACGCUCUAGGCGUCAUCGAAGACGCGGUGGUAACUCAGAUUUAGAUGUAAAUUCUGCUGAUGAUUCUAAGAAUCCAGUUCCAGUUAUUGGUUCACCUCCAAAGUCGAUAGAGUUUCCGACUGUCAAUUCUAGUCUUCGUGUGGCAGUCAGUGCUUGUGCAAAAACAUUCAAAGAUAAGUACUUCCCUUCAGACCCUGGGACCAGCGAAGCUGGUGUUACUGAUGAUCUUUUACAUUUGAAGAAUCUUUGCAUGAAGCUGAAUGCUGGGGUGGAUGACCAAAAAACUAAAUCAAAGGGAAAGGGUAAAGCUUCUGGUGGUCGUUUUGUCGACAUCUCUGCUUGUAAAGAGGAUAAUUUGGUUGGUGUAAUAUCUGAAAUGCUGGCGGAGCUAAGCAAAGGGGAUGGCGUGUCCACUUUUGAGUUCAUUGGUAGUGGGGUCGUAGCUGCUCUGCUGAAUUACUUUUCUUGUGGAUACUUCUCCAAGGAAAGAAUUUCAGAAGAUAAUCUAACUAAGCUUCGACAGCAAGCAAUCAGAAGAUACAAAUCGUUUGUUGCAGUCGCCCUCCCUGCAAGUGUUGACAAAGGGAAUGUGGCUCCAAUGUCUGUCUUGGUUGAAAAGCUUCAAAAUGCUUUGUCCUCCUUAGAGCGUUUUCCUGUUGUGCUGAGCCAUACUUCUAGGUCAUCUAGUGGUAAUGCACGCCUAUCUUCUGGUCUAGGUGCAUUGUCACAGCCAUUUAAGUUGCGUCUUUGUAGAGCAUCAGGAGAAAAAUCUCUUCGUGACUAUUCUUCAAAUGUUGUCCUGAUUGAUCCAUUAGCGAGUCUAGCAGCUGUUGAAGACUUUCUUUGGCCCCGGGUUCAACGAAGUGAGUCUGGGCAGAAGCCUUUGGCAUCUGCAGGGAACAGUGAGUCUGGGACUACACCUACUGGAGCAGGUGCUUCAUCACCGUCUACUUCUACUCCUUCCACUACUCGUCGCCAUUCUACUCGAUCCAGAUCGUCUGUUAAUAUAGGAGACACAACCAAGAAGGAGUCACAAGAGAAAAAUGCAAGCUCGUCAAAGGGGAAGGGAAAAGCUGUUUUGAAGCCUGGUCAGGAGGAGGGGAGAGGUCCUCAGACAAGAAAUGCUGCUCGCAGAAGAGCAGCUCUUGAUGAAGAUGCACAAAAGAAGCCUGUGAAUGGGGAUUCUAGUUCUGAGGUAUGCCUUAUACUGUCAUAUAUGUUUCUAUGUUUUGUAAAUGAUAUUGAAUGUGAAUUGACUUGGAUAUAGCUGUAACAUGAGGUGUCAUGUCAAAAUGAAACAUCUUUGAAAAUUACUGAACAUGUACAAUGUAAUGAGAUAUACAAGUCUUGCCCAGUUUUUUGCUUAGUGAUUUAUGUCUCUUAUUGUCAUUUCUUAUUCUUUUGCUUUUUUUUUUCUUCCCACUUAGAAAUCUUGCUUCAGUCUCUCUUUUAGAGUUUUAACAUCUGUGAGUCCUGCUAUACGAACACGCCCCUUUUUGGUGCUUUGUAGGAUGAGGAGUUGGACAUUUCUCCUGUUGAGAUUGACGAUGCCUUGGUAAUUGAAGAUGAUGAUAUCUCU